AUGAGUCCUAAAAAGAGUAAAGCUUCAAAAGCAUCAUUAAAAAAAACUGGAACAAUGGCGGCUACUGCUGCUGCUGGUCAAGAGUUUUUAAAACAAACAUGGGGUGAAGAUAAAUUAAAUAGAGUAAAUGCAUUAUUAGAAGCACGCGAUAAAUCAGAUUCAGAAACUGAUGAUAAAACACCACCAUCAACAACUGCAACAACAUCUUCGACUACUUCAACUAAAACAAAAGCUAAACCAAAAUUAUCGAAAGCACGUACAAUGAAAACGACAGCAAAAGAAGCAAAAACAAUACUUGGUACAGAGACUCUUGGUGAUACACGCGCAGAAACUAAACGACGACAAGCAGCUGUUAAAGCUACAGAAGCUCUUCAAGAAGUAACUAGAGCAACAAGUGGUCGUAAACCAGCACUAAAACGACUUGGUACAAUGGCUAAUACAGCACGUGAAGGCAAAGCAUAUAUUAAACGAACUGCUGGCAAUAAUAAAAAAGGUACAACUGGUCGAAAACGCACAGGUGGUAGAGGAAAAAAAUAA